AUGCACACUAGGAUACAGCUUUUCCGCCGCCCCUUCUCCACACCCAUUGGAAAGAGGGUACGACAACACGAUACUAUAUCGCCAAAGCUGUUCACUGCUGCAUUGCAAUGGAUAAUGAAAUCACUUUCCUGGGAAGAGAGGGGCAUACGUGUUGAUGGAAGAUUUCUCUCGAACCGUCGUUUCGCGGACGACAUCGUUCUCUUUUCGAGCAGUACCAAUGAAUCAGAAACGAUGCUCAACGAAUUGAACGAAGCAGGGAAGAGAAUUGGACUACGAAUAAACAGAAAGAAGACACAGUUCAUGAAGAACGCCUACUGCGAGGACGAAGGAGUACAACUUGAAGGCUCCCAAAUCGUGGAAACUUCGUCAUACGUAUACCUCGGACGUUCUAUGAACAUGGAAAACGAAUUGAAGGAAGAACUGAAUAAAAGAAUGAGAGCAGCAUGGGCAGCAUUAGCAGCCGCCAGGGAAGCUACGGACCAACUGACAGACCAAGAUCUUCGUGCCCAUCUGUUCGACUCGACAGUUCUUCCAGCGCUCUGUUACGCAGCGGAGACGUGCGCAGACACCACGGCCACGUCUAGAAAGCUACUUAGUACCCACAGAGCCCUUGAGAGAUGUCUCCUGAAGUUUAACCGGCGCACACAACACCUAGCCGGUCUUCGUAGCUCCGACUUAAAAGGAAUGUCCCGUCUUCGCGACCCAGCGGAAUAUGUAUCUGAAGCAAAACAUAGAUGA